CAGACAAAGUGUCACUCGCAGGAAACGUUCCCGCCCCCCCUGAGCCAGCAGGUUAGUGUACACCGCGGUGCAAGCGCAGGACCCGCCAAGCGCAGUGCCCGAAUUCGGGUGAGAUUGUAAAGCGUAGGAGCGCCCGCAAGAUGGAAAUGAAGAAGAGAAUCCACCUGGAGCUACGGAACAAGACACCCGCUGACGUGAAAGAGCUGGUCUUGGAUAACUGCCUAUCAAAGGAAGGAAAAAUAGAAGGGCUGACAGAUGAAUUUGAAGAACUGGAAUUUCUGAGCACAAUAAACGUCUGCCUCACCUCUGUCGCAAACUUACCAAAGUUAAACAAACUGAAAAAGUUGGAGUUGAGCGAUAACAACAUCUCGGGCGGACUGGAAGUACUGGCAGAAAAAUGUCCGAAUCUCACACACCUCAACCUAAGUGGGAACAGAAUUAAAGACCUGAGCACAAUAGAACCUCUGAAAAAAUUAGGGAGCCUAAGGAGCUUAGACCUGUUUAACUGUGAGGUCACUAACCUCAAUGAAUAUCGGGAGAAUGUCUUCAAGCUCCUCCCUCAGCUUACUUUUCUGGAUGGAUAUGACCAUGACGAAAAAGAAGCUCCUGACUCUGAUGCGGAAGCAUAUGUGGAGGGCUUGGAUGAUGAAGAGGAUGAGGAGGAUGAGGAAGACUAUGAUGAGGACGUGCCACCGGGUGAGGAGGGUGAGGAAGAUGACGAGGAAGAGGAAGAAGAGGAUGUGAGCGGUGAGGAAGAGGUGCGCUUCCUGAACCUUUGUUCUUUCAAUCCUUUGUAUGCUCAGGAGGAUGAGGAAGAUUCCAGAGAAGGGGAAGAUGAUAAAGAUGCAGAAAAAGGUCAGAAAAGAAAACGGGACCUUGAGGAUGAAGGUGAAGAAGAUGACUGAGCGACAGUGACAGAAGGACUAGGUACACGAGUAUGGAGCCUCGUGACUUAGAGGAGAACUACACCCUAAGACCCUUUUCGAAAACUUUGUUGUAAUUUGACUGUUUUUACCUUCAACUACCCUGCUCUUUUAUUUCCUGAUUGUAAGGUUGGCGUGCACUGGACAGACAUCACACAAGGAGUCAUGCGUAAUAUUUCUGUUGCUGCUCUGGCAGGCUUUUAUCAUUAUUCUCCAAUCUUUAUUUUGUGUUUAGUACAUACAAUUCAAGUCAUACAGUCUGUCUAAUCUCUUUGUGCUUUUGGAUGUAGUUUGACUUUGACUUGUUACACCCAGUGAUGAAAGUCUUAAACCUAAAUUAAGCAAUAAUCCAAUUGUUGCAGCGCAUUGCUAGAUUUCAAUAGCAGCAAAUGGAUUAAGUAUUGAGAUGUAAAAUGAAGACACAUUGUUCCGAGUGCAUAUUAUAACAUUUAUAUGGCUAAUACGUACAUACCUCCUUACCUAUCUCUGCUAGCUAAGCACCAGCAUUGUACUCCAUAGGGAGUUAAUAUACAGAUAAUAUAAACCGGUUGCGAGGUAUAAGCACUUCUGGAAACGAAUAAGUCAUAUUUUGGAUGUUUGGUUUGCGCAAAGAUUUACUACUCUUUUGUAGCUUUUGUGACACAUUCUUAGGAUAACCUAAAUCAUGUACAGGUCCCAGUGUCUAUUAUGAAGAGUUCCAUAUAAUAAUAUCUGCUAGAGUCAUAGAAUGUAUAUAUCAUACAGGGAAGCAGGUGCACUUAUAGUAUCUUGUGAUCUUAGAAUGCACCGAGCCAGCUUUAUUUAAUCCAAGGGUGGUUAAGAUUGUAAGACCAUUAUUAUUUGUGUGCUAGUAUUUCACUGAUCUGCAUUAUUAUACUUUCUGAUAAUAUGUAAACACAUUUCUUCAUUUUAUGUUGAAAUCACAGGGAUUGCAGAUCUUCUCAAUUACCUAAUAUUGACUAAUGCAGAAAGAUCAGGGAGAACUAGUUUAAAUAGCUGACAUUUCAAUGACUAUUUCAAAUUCUAAGAAAGUAUGGCUGCAUGAGGGUUUUGAUUCAACUCACUAUCACUCAAAGUCUAGGCCGUAAUCAAUAAUGGGUAGAUAUUGGAUUAAGUGGCCAUCAUCCUAAUUGCUACAGGGACAGCUACUGUUUUGUACACAGCUAAUUAAUAGGGACAGGAAGCAUUCUGCUCAUGACGCGACUACAGGCAGGAUGUGGCAUGUCUUUUGUGUAAAAGCACAGGCAUGAUGCUGUAUAAACUAACAUCUACUGUAGAGUGUGUUAGAGUAACACUACAGCAUUAAUCUCCCAUCUCUAUAACCUGAGAUGAGCUGCAUCAGAAAAUAGUGAAGGGAAGUGAGAGUGACUGUCACAUAUUGGGCCACAGGUAGUAGUAUGAAAGACAAUUGGUAGUGAGACAGGUAAUGGUUAGGAAGCAAGCUCUUUUAACCCUUUCCCUGAUUUUAUAUUUAUUUUAUAAUAAAGAAAAUGGUGUAUAUCCUUGAUUUAUUUUGAAAAUCAUUGUAACAAAAUAACUUUGAGUGGUUAAUACAAAACCAUCAAAUGGGGAAACUUCUACUCUCAAAAACCACUAUUUUGUCUAAGGUUGGGAAUAUCCUCAGAUAGUUUUCAUUAAGAUGCUGCAAGCUGAUGAUUUUUUUUUUCAAGCUAACCAGUGAGGUUCUGUCCAUGUAACUGAGCAGUCUGAGUGUUUAGUACUAAUCUAUUUUGGUUUAGGAGUGACUGUCCCAUUUGUAUUAUAUAUAUCCAUAGCAGGCGAUAGGGGCUUCCCCUUUUCCCAGGAAACCCAAACACCACAAUUUAUGUCUGUUUGUCACUGUUAAUUUUCAAUAAACUUUUGUUUUUCCAG